GAAGACGUUAAGAGUGGUGGGGGGACGGACGUUCCUGAAUGCAUAGUUUCGGUAUACAACAACAAAUUUAGUGUCGUCACAAUGCUGUUUCUUCAACUAUUCAUAAAUGCUUGCUUGGCGAGCCUCGUCCAUGCGACGCUGCAGAUCGUCUCCGGAGGUAGCUGGACCGCCUCCAACGGCCAGCACAUCCAAGCGCACGGCGCGGCGAUCACCAAAGUCGGCAGUACAUACUACCUCAUCGGCGAGAACAAACUGAACGGCUCCUCGUUCCAAUCCGUCAACUGCUACUCUUCGGCCAAUCUCGUCGAGUGGACGUAUGUCGGCCAGCUGCUGACUCUGGCCGCGAGCGGUGACCUGGGCCCGAGCCGCGUGGUGGAGCGCCCAAAGGUGGUCUACAACGAUGCUACUGGGAAGUUUGUGCUGUAUAUGCACAUCGAUAGCUCGAAUUAUGGCGAGGCAAAGGUCGGCGUCGCUGUUGGAAACAGCGUCUGUGGCAGCUAUACCUACCAGGGAAGCUUCCAGCCGAUGGGCUACCAGAGUCGCGAUAUCGGGAUGUAUAAGGACGACGAUGGCUCCGCGUACCUUCUGACUGAAGAUCGGGUCAACGGAUUGAGGAUUGAGAAGCUAUCGAGCGACUUUCUCACUGUCGAGAGUAUAGUCUAUACGUGGGCGGAGAAGUACGAGUCUCCGGCUAUACUGAAGCGAGACGGCGUGUACUUUAUGUUUGCGAGCAAGCUUACGGGGUGGAAUGCGAACGACAAUCUCUACUCCACCGCCACCAGUCUCAGCGGGCCCUGGUCUGCCUGGAGCACCUUUGCCCCCGUCGGCACCCUCACGCACACGUCUCAGACGUCAUUCAUUCUUCCCGUCUCAAACAGCUUUGCGAUGUACAUGGGUGAUCGCUGGGUCUCGUCAAAUCUAAUGCGCUCCACAUACGUCUGGCUUCCGCUGACCGUUUCCGGCACCACUGCUUCGCUGCCCUGGUAUUACAACUGGAUACCUUCCGUCUCCUCAGGCAGCUGGUCGGCGGCGCCUAGCGAUACCGUCUACGAAGCGGAAUCGGCGACUCUCGGCGGCGGCGCCCAAACCGUGACGUGCAGCGGGUGCAGCGGGUCCGCGGUCGGCUACAUCGGCGGGACCUCGAGUGGGACAGUAACAUUCAGCAACGUGCAGAGCGACGUCACAACGCGGACCACCAUCCGCAUGCGGUAUACCAACGGAGACACGACGCAGCGGUUUGCGCUGAUCGAAGUCAACGGCGUCGGCCAGCGCGUGGCGUUCAUUCCUGGUGGUUCCGGGCAGGAGACGGCGGUCGUCAGCUUCACGGCACAGCUGAAUGCCGGCACCAGCAAUACUAUCCGCAUCUCUGGUGUCGAUGGCGGUUGGGGCCCGGAUAUUGACAGGGUUUUCGUGCCAACUUCGUAGAAGCGAGAGGGCGGAGAGGGCGCAGAGGGCGGAGAGAUGGUGGGGAGGGGAGACGGAUGACCACUGAUAUUUAUGCGUGCAUCUGACCCACCAAGCGAGUGAUAAUACAUUGACAGAUGCCGUAUGAUGUUGCGUCGCUAUGGUCGAUGAAACCGUGAUGUAUGAUGUACCUAU